AUGAGCGAACCUGCGUCUACGGGCCCCAAUCUACGGCGCAAUUCUCUUCAUCAGCGGAACUUACUGCUGAGUAUGCGAUUGAACAAUGGUCGAGGCCGCAAAAGCUUUGGAAACUCAGCCCGGACGGCAUUGAGCUCGAACACUAUACGAAAACCUUGGCGCAUGUCACUUACUCAUGAACCAAAACCAUCGGGAUCUGGAGGUCUUGUCUCUAGUCAUCGACCGAAAGAUGCGACGACCAGCUCGAAACCGGCUUCUCCUACGGCUGUCAGAAAAAGCAUUAUCAACGCCUCAUCAGAAAUCGAACCCAUCGCUGCAGCCAAUAAACCCGCGGAAACAUUUGCAUUGAACUAUCGAGAAUUGUCGCUGGACGACUUCGAGGUUGGGAAAAAACUCGGCAAGGGAAAAUUUGGUAAAGUAUACUGUGUCAAACACAAGCCAACGGGCUUCAUCUGUGCACUGAAAGCCAUGAAAAAAAGUGAAAUUGUGCAGUAUAACGUUGAGAAGCAAUUCAGGCGCGAGGUUGAGAUCCAGGCGGCACUCAAACAUCCAAAUCUCACCAAACUGUACGGUUACUUCCACGAUGACAAGCGCGUAUACCUCUUAAUGGAGUAUCUUGUCAAUGGAGAGCUUUACAAACAUCUAAGGUCGCACGGCCCUUUCAACGAUAUUGUGGCCUCACAUUUUGUAUACCAGAUGGCAGAUGCCCUCGAUUACAUGCACAGCAGGCACAUCUUACACAGAGAUAUUAAGCCAGAGAAUAUCUUACUCGGAUUCCAAAAUACCUUGAAGCUUACAGAUUUCGGUUGGAGUGUUACCAAUGUUGGUAGCGCUAAAAGGAAGACAUUAUGCGGAACAAUGGAUUACUUGUCUCCGGAGCUGAUAAAGUGGCGUGAAUAUGACAACAGAGCAGAUGUUUGGGCGCUGGGCGUGUUGGCAUUUGAACUUUUAGUCGGAAACCCCCCUUUCGAAGAAAGCUCCAAGGAACUUACCUACAGACGCAUUCUAAAACGAGAUCUUCGUUUUCCAAAUCACGUAUCAACGCAAGCUCGAGAUCUCGUCAGCCGCCUUCUGGCAUACGAGCCAAAUGCAAGAAUGCCACUAAGAGAUGUCAAAAAUCAUCCCUGGAUAGAAAAAAAUCGUCCAUUUUGGUGA